AUGCACCAUACCCAGUCAAAUGAUCCAGAAAUCAUUGCCUUUUAUAACAACACAAAAGGUGGCGUUGACGCCUUAGAUGAGAAAUGCACAGUAUACUCAACAAGUAGACGCACAAGGCGAUGGCCAUUAGCCAUAUUUUUCACUCUAAUGAACAUUAGCCUAGUGAAUGCCUAUGUUAUCUACCGUGGAUUCCCAGGGAAUCCAGAGCUAACCAGAUUGGAAUACAUCAAAAAUCUUGCCGAGGAACUCUUAGACCCUCAUCUCAAUCGUCGACUUCAAAACGACCAUUUGCCCCGUGAAUUGCGGCUAAACAUCAGCAGAAUUCUCAAGAUACCAGCUCCAUGUAAAGCCAGACGAGACUUGUGCAAACAAAUAUAUGUAUUUCGUGACAUGUUGUAA